AUCAUCUUCAUGACGCUGACGCUCUUCCCCAUCCGGCUGCUACUCAUCGUUACCAUGAUGCUGCUCGCCUGGCCCUUCACGUUCUUCGCUACACUGGGGUCCUCAGACAGGGAACCCGAACAGCCCCCGGCCACGUGGCGGAAGGUUGUGGACUUCCUGCUCAAGGCCAUCAUGCGCACCAUGUGGUUUUCCGGCGGCUUCCACUGGGUGAUCACGAAGGGGCGGCAGGCCUCUCCGUCUGAGGCCACCAUCCUCACCCUGGCUCCGCACUCCUCUUACUUCGAUGCCAUCGCUGUCACCCUGACGAUGUCCUCCAUCGUGAUGAAGGCAGAGAGCAGAGACAUCCCGAUAUGGGGAACUCUGAUAAAGUACAUCCGGCCAGUGUUCGUGUCCCGGUCCGACCAGGAUUCGCGAAGGAAGACUGUGGAGGAGAUCAGGAGGCGGGCACAGUCGAAUGGAAAGUGGCCACAGAUAAUGAUUUUUCCAGAAGGAACAUGUACCAACAGGACCUGCCUAAUUACCUUCAAGCCUGGUGCCUUUAUCCCUGGAGUUCCUGUGCAGCCUGUGGUUCUACGGUACCCGAAUAAACUGGACACCAUCACUUGGACCUGGCAAGGCCCCGGAGCGUUGAAAAUCCUGUGGCUCACACUGUGUCAGUUUCACAAUCGAGUGGAAAUCGAGUUCCUCCCCGUGUACAGCCCUUCAGAGGAAGAGAAGAAGGACCCCGCAUUGUACGCCAGCAACGUGCGGCGCGUCAUGGCCGAGGCCCUGGGCAUCUCCGUGACCGACUACACAUUUGAGGACUGCCAGCUGGCCCUGGCGGAAGGACAGCUCCGUCUCCCUGCGGACACUUGCCUUCUAGAAUUUGCCAGGCUGGUGAGGGGCCUGGGGUUAAAACCAGAAACACUUGAGAAGGAUCUGGAUAAAUAUUCCAAAAGCGCCAAGAGGCAGAGGGGAGGAAAGUUGGGUCUCCCUGAGUUUGCGGAGUACCUGGGCGUCCCUAUCUCAGACACGCUGGAGGACAUGUUCUCCCUGUUUGAUGAGGGCGGAGACGGCAGGAUGGACCCUCGGGAGUACGUGGUCGCCCUGUCUGUCGUCUGCCGGCCAUCCCGGACUCUGGACACCAUCCAGCUCGCGUUCAAGAUGUACGGGUCACGGGACGGAGACAUCGAUGAGGACACCCUGUCCCGCAUCCUCAAGACUGCCUUAGGGGUGGCAGAGCUCAGUGUGACCAACCUUUUCCGGGCCAUCGACCAGGAGGGGACAGGGCGGAUCACAUUUGCUGACUUCUGCAGGUUUGCAGAAAUGUUCCCCAACUUUGCAGAGGAGUACCUGUACCCCAAACAGACCCAUCCGGACAGCAGUGCACAGACACCCCUCGCUCCAACCCCCAACGGCUUCUGUGCGGACUUCAGCCCUGAGAACUUGGACAUUGGAAGGAAACCUUUCCGUAAGAAACUGGACUAGGAGAGAAGGUUCUGGAGAGAGGAGGCCUCUCUGCGGCCCUGUCACCACCCGCCUCCGCCUGGCUGUGAGCCUGUUCGCGGUGGCGUGGCUCGGCCUCGCUCUCCCGCGUGUUGUGUGCGUGUACCGGCCUCGGGCCGAGUUCUGCGACACCCGGGGUCCUUCUGACCCUGUUCCUUUGUGGAGAGCCCGUGUGAGGGCGGGGCUUCGCCAGCCGCGGGGCCGCGUGGGCCCCCGGGGGACGGUCCCGGGUUCACUUCCCGCAGUCUUUCCUCGCGUCCCUGUUGGAGUCCGUGCCCGGCGGCUUGCGCACGUGGACGGGACUCCACAUGCACACGCGACACGCGGGAGACCAAGACAUGUCACGUGUGUUUCGAUUCCAGCACAAGUUCUCUGCCAGCCUGUGUGGGGGUCACAGCAUGGCAGAGGCCUGUCUGACUUUUAAACAUUUCUAUAUUUGUGGGAACUCAUGAGUAUUUUAUAAACUUCAUUUAGAUACUUCAGGAAGCAUUCAGCAUUUUUUAAAAAAGAAAAUUGUUUUCUACGUCAUUUUUCCUUUGAGGGCCAGAGGAUAUCUAUUUAUAGGCCCUUUUUUGAUAGAAUCCGAGGCUGUAUGGGGCUUUGACUUCAAUCUCUUUCUGGCCUCUCUCUACCAGGUACAUUCCUCCGUCUGGGUCCGCCACACACACGCAGCCCAGAUGCCUUUUCUGCUUCUUUAAUCCUUUUCAAAUCCCCGUCUUUUUUAUAAACGUUACCAGCUUGGCAUUUCUGUUACACAUAAGGUAAUGUACUUCAGAGCCUCGCAAAUCCAGCCGACGCGUUGCGCGGCGGGGAGGUGGGUGAGUUAGCAGGGGGUCGCAGUGGGCAGCCCUGGCUGGUGUGCUGAGCCUCCUGGAGGCCAGCACCCGGGCGACGGGCAGGUCCUGGCGGGAGGCUGGCGCCCCACACUCUGCCGCUGCCCACCGGGGCCUGCCCGCCACCGAGCACGAGGCCGGCACCGGCCCGGCCUCAGGGAAGGCGUUGGGGCCGCCGCCCGAGUCAGGUGAGGAGCAGAGCCUCCACACACAGGAGGGGAUGCCCUGGUGUUGCCCCUCCACGCCCGGAGCUCGGCCCGAGGCACCGCAUCCUUCGGACACAAUUAGAGGUCUGCUCUUCAAGCACAAGGACCACAGCCUCUAGUUGGGUCUGAAGCAAAGCCUCUGGUUUGCUUGGGGAAGAAAAUUCUUUUGAAUUUCUAAAUGAAUUGGAUUUUGUAUUUGGGCAUCUCCAUAGAAAGCGACCGCCAGGGCCGCCAGAAAAAAUGUUUACAGACUUCCCAAGGCGUGCCCGGUGUGCGCUUCCAGCAACCUCCCGGAGCGAAGGGAAGGCCCCGGCCUCCGUUCCUGCACUGUGUCCGCCCCUCGGGGAGGCACUGCCCGCACGCAUGCAGCCCAGAUGCGGGCUUGGGAGCUCACGGUAAUCAACUUCUAGCUGCAGAAUGCAUAGAAAUUCAUUUUUAGGAGAGAAAACAUACAAGUGACCAAUGAAGGAGGUAAAUAAACUAAGAUAUUCUGAGGGAAGGGUCCGGCUCGCGGCUCCCGGCCUUGGCGUCUGUGGAUGAAGGGCUUUUUUGAAUGAAGUGCCACUGGGCAUUUUCAGGAAAAAACCCCUGAUAAACAGACUUGGAAUGGAUGUUUACUCCUGAUCCUCUUCUGCACAGUGACUUAGUGUCAGUGGUGUUCCCAACUGUGAAUGUAUAUAGUUUGGGAGGUAAAUCCCUUUUGUGUGAGGUGGGGACGGAAGGGGCCCCACGAGGACUUGGGGUCCAGGGUGGGCACCAUGAAACAGCUUUGGAUUUUCAGUGGAAUGAAUAAAACAUAGUCUUACCCACCUGAG